AUGUUCGCUUACAUCGUGACAUACUUCGCUAUCAAAGGACUUCUAUGUCAAACCAUUACGAACUACCUUUCUGAAAUUGAAUCUAACUAUCGGUUUCAUAGCAUUGUUUUCAUAGCUCCUAAUCGUACUAUUUUGGAUAUCUUCGAUAUGAGUAAUUUCAAAACACCAAUAAUCUAUCUGACCAAUGACUGGGAAAUGCAGGUUGAGGAUUUUCUCGACUUAAAUAAUCUUUUCGUUGUUUUCAUGGCAAAUAAUGAACUUCUCUCCGAACGCCGAGUGUUCGCUCAUUCUAAAAGCAUGGUAAUCACAGUCAGCUGGCAUGAAAGCGGACCUCCUGAGGUUUUAACUUAUAACCCAUUUCCUCAGUUGAAAGUUACAAGGGUCAAGAGUACACAACACCCGUUCGAAAAGGCUCAUCUUAAUCUGAUGGGUUAUCCAAUUCGUUCAUUUAUUGCACAGGAUCCUCCGCGAGCAUUCAAAUACAUCAAUCGAUAUGGAAGAAAGAUUUAUGCUGGAAAUGGACUAAACACUGUAUUAGCGUUUGUGGGGAAACAUAAUGGAACCUUUGUGGAUACCAACGCCAACCAGAACAAGGACAUUGAUGAUCACGUGCUACAUCGUUUAAUUGACGACAAAGAAGUCGAUAUUACUGCACAUCCAUAUCAGUUACGUAUAGUUUUUGUAUCCUACAGUUAUCCUGUUAAUCAAGACAAAAUUUGCCUUAUGGUAAAAGCAGCUCAAGAAAUUCCAGCUCCGCUGUACAAUAUUUUACCAUUUGAAGAAACCACUUGGUAUUCCAUCUUCGGUUCUAUUCUGAUUUUCCUUCUUGUUCAUUUUCUGGUAAAGCUCACAUUUGGGAGGGGGGUCGAUUUCGUAGUAGAUAUUACUGAUUGUCUCAGAAUCAUCAUGGCAACCAUCCCUAAAAUGGGUAUUUACAGCCGAUCCUGGCAGAGUAGAGUUAUUUUCAUAUUUCUGAUAUAUUACGGUGUUAUUAUCACAAGUCUCUAUCAAUCAACCCUCACCAGUCUUUACACAACUAAAGUCUAUGGAAAAGAGAUGGAAUCUGCAGAGGAUAUGAUCAAGGCUAACUUGACUAUAAUGGUCCACAAGAGUAGGUGGUAUCUUCUAAUUAGCUUCAUUGAGCCACCAGUUUUUCGAAAACAGUUUUUACCCGUUGAAACGGAUAUCAUUCAACAUCAUUGGAAAGCUCUCGACACAAAUUACGGAUACGUUGUUAGCUCUGAAAAGAUUGUUUGGAUAUUGGGACCACAAGCGUUCUCUAAGCGAGCUUUAUUCAGAUCACCGAUAUACUGCUUCUUCCCAAUAUCACUGAUGCUUGGCAUGCAGUAUCUUUCACCAUUCGAAGAGUCCUUGGACAGAGUGAUUUUGCAAUCUUAUCAGGCAGGUUUGCGCGAUAAGUGGUUAAAAGAUGCUUUUGAUCAAAGCGUUGAGGGUGGUUUAACAAAAAGGAAAAUUCUGGUAGAGAAUAAAUAUAAACCGUUGAUUUGGGAGAAUCUGGAAUAUUUUUGGAUUCUUUGGUCUGGAGGAAUGAUUCUAUCCAUUGUGUGUUUCUCAAUUGAAGUGUGCAUUAGCAAAAUAAGGAAAAUGUCUUUUGUUUGCAUUCCUCAUUAA